GUUUUGCUAACUACCAUACCAAAAAUUUAGCUAAUAUUAUUGGAGAUGCUGUGGGAGUUUAUAUUACCAAGUAAUCUCUCUCCCUCUCCAAGCACUCUGCGGAACAGCGGAAGUCUAAUUUUUUCUAGGGUUUGAGACAGAAAAGCUCUGAACUGAAGCUCUGAGAGAGAGUUGUAAUGGUGUGGUGGAUUCCGUAAGCAGCUCCAUAAUUGACAGUCAAUGGAAAACUCGGACUCUGACGAGCCAGAGAAGAAGAGGCCUCAUUUGAACUCCCUUUCCCCCACCAUGGCCCGUAGCUCCUCCACCUCUCCGCCCAAUAACCACAGCGUCGAUGCAUCACUUCUCCAGAUACAGAACCAGCAACUUAAUCAGCUGGUAGACAAACAGAAGCUUGACUUGCAAGAUCUUGAAGCGAAAAUUCAGGAACUGAAGGAUAAGCAAGGUUCUUAUGAUGAUUUCUUAAUCACAGUGAAUAAACUAUGGAAUCAGUUGGUUGAUGAUCUAAUUCUGCUUGGACUAUGUACUGGAGGAGCCCAAAAUGCUUUAGAAGUUUUGGAUGGUGCUAAUUAUUCUCGUGGUUCAAUUCCAUCAUGUUCUGCAGAAGAGAUGUUUCUUUUUAGACUCUUACAACAAGAUUCUUUAGAAGCUAAUGGCAAUGAUGAAAUUGUUAAAUAUGUUGAAGAAACUCUGGCUUUGCGGCAUACGUCUACUAUGGACUUGUUAGAACUCUUAGAACAGCCAAUUUAUGCUCAUAGGGAAAAAACAAAGAACAUAUCCCACACUUUGGAUGGAAAGAUAUCUUCAGAAGAUGCUGUCAUCCAGUUUUCUAAAAUUGAUGAUAUGAUGGAGAGGGAGGUUAAAAAUCUACGUGAAGCGAUUGAUAUUCUUCACAUGAAGCAUAAAGAGUAUGCUGGCAUAAUUCGGACUUACCUCAGCAGCCAUUCAAGAGAUCAGUCUGAAAUUAGGCGCAUUACAGGUGAGCUGGAUGACAAAAUGGCUGACCUAGAGUUGAAGAGAAGGAAACUAGUGAAUCUGAAAAUGCAAAAGGAUGUUGCAUCUGGGGUGCAGAACCAUACUUCUAGUGCACUUAAUGGAACCCUGUCACCUGAAAAAUCAACAGAAAGGACAAUCAGCUUGCGAGAACUUAGAAAUUCAAUUGAGGAAACAAAGAUACUAGAAGCUGACCGCCUUUCUGAGUAUCAAGAGGCACAUGAAGAAAAUUUAGUGCUGUCAAAACAAUUGCAAGAAUUUCAGGAUGAAGUGGAGGAUGACAAAUAUGUACAUUCAUCGAGACUGUACACUAUGCUAAAUGAUCAACUCCAAAAUUGGAAUGCAGAAUUGGACCAAUACAAAGCAAUGAUUGAUUCUUUGCAGGCUGACAGGGCUCUUGUUGUGAGAAGGGAAAAGGAACUAAAUUUCAAAUUAGAGUCAGUAGAUGCAGUGAGGAAUGUCAUUGACAAUUCUGAUUCUAGGAUUGAAGAACUAGAGCUUCAGCUGCAGAAGUGUGUAAUUGAAAAAAAUGGCUUUGAGAUAAACAUGGAAGAAGCUGUCCAGGAUUCAGGACGAAAGGACAUUAUAGCAGAGUUCCGUGUGAUGGCCUCAUCGUUGUCUAAAGAAAUGGGAAUGGUGGAAACUCAGUUGAAGCGGUGGAAGGAAACAGCUCAUGAAACACUUUCUUUACGUGACAAAGCCCAAUCAUUAAAAGCUUCAUUAAGUACAAAGACAAAUGAGCAAAAGAGCCUUGUGGACAAGUGUGGCGAACAGGUGAUAGAGAUAAAGUCUCUUAAGGCAUUGAUUGAGAAGUUGCAGAAAGAAAAACUGGAACUGCAGAUCUUCUUAGACAUGUAUGCACAGGAAAGCUAUGAAAACAGAGACUUGAUGGAAGUCAAAGAAUCAGAGCGCAGAGCUUACUCUCAAGCUGAAAUGUUCAAGAAUGCAUUGGAUGAACAUAGUCUAGAAUUGAGGGUGAAAGCAGCCAAUGAAGCAGAGGCUGCUUGUCAGCAAAGGCUUUCUGCUACUGAAGCUGAAAUAACUGAAUUCAGUGCCAAACUUGAUGCAUCAGAGCGGGAUGUUAUGGAGCUUACUGAGGCUAUUGGAAUUAAAGACAAGGAGGCAGAGGCUUAUAUAUCUGAAAUUGAGACCAUUGGUCAGGCAUAUGAAGAUAUGCAGACGCAAAACCAGCAUCUGUUGCAGCAGGUGACUGAGAGGGAUGACUACAAUAUCAAGCUCGUUUCGGAGAGUGUGAAGACAAAGCAAGCACAGAGCUAUGUACUCUCUGAUAAGCAGGCAUUGGUGAAACAACUUCAACAAGUAAACACAUCAUUAGAAUCUCUAAACAUGAGAGUUUCCUAUGGUGAAGAGCAGAUGAAGGCUCUCCUGACAGAUGCCAUAAAAACUACUGAGGAAGAUAGGCACCUUGCAGUCGACGUAGAAACUGCCAAGUGGGAACUGGCUGAUUCUGAGAAGGAGUUGCAGUGGUUGAAAUCUGCCUUUGCUUCUUCUGAGAAGGAACAUACGCACAUUCAAAAGGAUAUUGAUGAUGUCCAAUUGGAAUUAGACAAUGAAAGAAGCACGAGGAAGAACCUUGAGGAAGAACUUAGGGAAUUGAACAGCAGUGUUGCUGAGAUGAGUUCUGAAACUGGAGAGGCUGCAAUACAGAAACUCCAAACUGAAAUUAAAUUCUGCAAGAAUAUUUUGCAGUGCAGUGUUUGUACUGAUAGGCCAAAGGAGGUUGUAAUUGUGAAGUGCUAUCAUCUAUUUUGCAAUUACUGUGUUCAGAAAAAUCUAGAGAUCCGUCAUCGUAAGUGUCCUGCCUGUGGAACUCCGUUUGGUCAAAAUGACAUUCGGUUUGUAAAGAUAUGAACAGAGAGAGUUCCCGAUAUCCUGUACUUAUGGCCUCCUCCCGGCCCGCCGGCCCUUUUUUGAUUGCUAAGUAUCUUGUACAAAUAGCAUAGCUUGUAGUUUUUCUUGUUGCAGUAGGCUGACAUCGGAACUGUGGUUUUAGUUGUAUAGGUUUUCUUUUGUAAAUGAGUUUCCUUUCUUUUCUUGUUUUAGCGUUUUAUCUAUUAUUUCCAAAUAAUGUAGUUGAAAAAUACGACAGAAGUGAAGAGAAAUGGUUUAAUGUUAAUUGCACAUGCCAGAAA